AUGGCGGCCUCGAACAACCCGCGGAAAUUCAGCGAGAAGAUCGCGCUGCACAACCAGAAGCAGGCGGAGGAGACGGCGGCCUUCGAGGAGGUCAUGAAGGACCUGAGCCUGACCCGCGCGCACCGGCUACAGCUGCAGAAAACUCAAUAUUUGCAACUGGGGCAGAGUCGUGGCCAGUACUAUGGGGGGUCAUUGCCAAAUGUGAAUCAGAUUGGGAACAGUGCCAUGGAUCUCCCCUUCCAGCACAACGGAGCUCUGGCUGAAGCCUUUGGAGCAGUUCCUGUCUCUUUGACCCCAUUCCAGUCGUCGGCGCUGGACACGAGCAGAACCACGAGGCACCACGGGCUGGUGGACAGAGUGUACCGGGACCGGAACCGCCUGGGCUCGCCGCACCGCCGCCCGCUCUCCGUGGACAAGCACGGCAGGCAGGUGGACAGCUGCCCCUAUGGCACCGUGUACCUGUCCCCGCCAUCAGACACGAGCUGGAGGAGGACAAAUUCUGACUCUGCCUUGCACCAGAGCACCAUGACUCCAGCUCAGCAGGAUUCCUUUUCAGGAGGGUCACAGGACAUGCAGCAGAAAAGAGUUUUAUUAUUGACUGUCCCUGGAAUGGAAGAAACCACCUCUGAUGCAGACAAAACCCUCUCAAAGCAAGGCUGGGACAAUAAAAAGACUGGGUCGUCGAGACCUAAAUCCUGUGAAGUUCCAGGAAUCAACAUCUUCCCCUCGGCCGAGCAGGAGAGCGCGGCGGCGCUGAUCCCCGGCGCGCACAACACGGGCGGCUCGCUGCCAGACCUGACCAACAUCCACUUCCCAUCGCCCCUGCCCACGCCCCUGGACCCCGAGGAAUCCACAUUCCCUGCCCUGAGCAGCUCCAGCAGCACGGGCAACCUGGCUGCCAACCUGACCCACCUGGGCAUCAGCACUGCCAGCCAAGGGAUGACGACGACGCCAGCCCCGUCCCAGCACCGCCAGCCCAGUGUGAGCCCCCUGUCCUUGGGUGCAGACUCACGGCGACCUCAGUCCCAGCAAAUGUCCCCCACGCUGUCCCCGCUGUCACCCAUCACUCAGGCCGUGGCUAUGGAUGCAUUAUCCCUGGAGCAGCAGCUCCCCCCUUACCCCUUUUUCACCCAGACCAGCUCCCAGCAGCAGCAGCAGCAGCCACCAGUGGCCAGUUCCUUGCCCCAGACCCCCCCUCUGCUGCAGAGCUCGGGGCUGCAGAGGGGUCCCCAGCUCCCCCCUCUGUCUGUCACGGUACCUUCCACCAUCCCCCAGUCACCUCCAGGGAGCCAGAGCCAGCCCUCCAUGGGAAUCGACAUCAACUCGGCCUCACUCCAGCAGUACCGCAGUAAUGCUGGCUCCCCAGCCAACCAGUCUCCCACCUCUCCUGUCUCCAAUCAAGGCUUCUCUCCUGGCAGCUCCCCUCAACAUUCUUCCAUGCUGGGCAGUGUUUUUGGGGACUCCUAUUAUGAGCAGCAGAUGACAGCUAGGCAGGCUAAUGCCCUCUCCCACCAGCUGGAGCAGUUCAACAUGAUCGAGAACGCCAUCAGCUCCAACAGCCUCUACAGCCCCUGCUCCACCCUCAACUACUCCCAGGCUGCCAUGAUGGGACUGACGGGCAGCCACGGCAGCCUGCAGGACUCGCAGCAGCUCAGCUACUCCAGCCACAGCAACAUCCCCAACAUCAUCCUCACAGUGACAGGAGAAUCCCCCCCCAGCUUAUCAAAAGAACUGACCAGCUCCUUGGCAGGAGUGGGGGACGUCAGCUUCGACACGGAUUCCCAGUUCCCUCUGGAUGAACUCAAAAUUGACCCUUUGACCUUGGAUGGACUUCACAUGCUCAACGACCCCGACAUGGUCCUCACCGACCCCGCCACAGAGGACACGUUCCGGAUGGACCGGCUGUGA